GGCUUUGAUAUCCAUCCAGAAAGCAAGCCAACCAGCUCAUGGCAAUUAGAAGUGGCCUCGCCAAAUCAAACAUGUUUCUCCGAUCAUGCAGGAGAGCUAAGCAUGCAGAGAGUGGAACCAGCAAACGCUUGGGUACUACUAUUCAACCCACUGCAAAGCUAGAGACAGAGAGCUCUAGAGAUGCAAAAAGUAGAGGAAAUGGAUGCUGGAUUCCACACCCGAGGACAGGAAUAUACUUCCCUGUAGGCCAUGAGUGGGUGAUGGAAGAUGUUCCGGACGGCGCAGCCAAUUUCGGUCAGACUUGCUGGUUCAGAAAUAAUGCUGUUGAUGCUGUGGACAAUCCCAUUCCCAAGCCAGAUGCUCAUGCUCCUCUCCAUCAACUUAUUUUCUUGUAAUUGAACUAAUACUCACCAGCCUGAUCAGAAAAUUGAUGAGUCAAAUAUCAAUUGUUAUGAAUCUGAUCAUAAGCUACCAGCCCCAAUACCACACCUGCAUGCCUUUGUAAUGUACAAGUAACCAGUUCCACUUCCUGCCUCCAGAGUCCAGACUAGUAUUUUUGGAUUUGGGGGAAAUACUAAUUAGUAAUAAAAAAUGCAUGCUAUAUGAACAAGUAAUUUUUAAUGGUUA